UAUAAACAAUUUCCAAAAAAGAAAAAAAAAAAAAAGGAAAAGAAAUCCAAAAAUGGGAAGUGGAAGCCGAAAUUUACUCUGUAAAUCAUCAUCAUCCGCGCUACUCUUCCUCGCUCCGUCUUUCACUUCAGCUCAACUCCGUUUCAAUUCCUUCACUCCCUCCAAACUCCGCCGUAUGGCCACCCAACCUUCCUCCUCUCCCUCUUCCCUCACCACAAACGACACCGCUUCUCCUUCUCCUUCGCCCUCUCCUUCCUCCACGAUUGAUUUUCUCUCUCUUUGUCACCGCCUCAAGACUACGAAGAGAGCAGGAUGGGUAAAGAGGGGCAUAAAAGGACCAGAGUCAAUAUCAGAUCAUAUGUACAGAAUGGGAUUAAUGGCUCUGAUUGCUCCUGAUAUUCCCGGCAUUGAUCGUGACAAAUGUAUAAAAAUGGCGAUAGUUCAUGAUAUCGCUGAGGCAAUUGUUGGAGACAUAACGCCCUCGGAUGGGGUUCCGAAGGCUGAAAAAAGCAGAAAAGAGAGGGAAGCAUUGGAGCAUAUGUGCAAAUUGCUUGGCGCAGAGUCAAGAGCGAAGGAAAUGAGUGAGUUGUGGAAUGAGUACGAGGAGAAUUCGACACCAGAAGCUAAAAUUGUUAAGGAUUUUGAUAAGGUGGAGAUGAUCCUUCAAGCUUUAGAAUAUGAAAAUGAGCAAGGGAAAGACUUGGAAGAAUUUUUCCAGUCAACUGCUGGGAAGUUCCAGACUGAAGUGGGGAAAGCAUGGGCCUUAGAGAUAGCAUCAAGAAGAAGAAAGGAACGCUAGUUUCUAGCUUUGAGAUUUUCAGAUGUUUAGUUUGACCAAUAAUAAUGCAGGUCCUACCUUUUCCUCCCAUUUAUCCCACCUUAACCUCCAUGAGUUGGCUAGCAAGAAGCAGUGGAGGAGAGAAAUCGUCCACCUCCUGGUUUAUGCCUACCCAGCAUGGGAGAGGCAAGAUUUCUGGUUACAAUGUUGGAUGUGUUGGCACAAACAUGCACUGACUUGUUCUUGUGAUUGGAUGAGGCAUGAGCAAAUGCAAUUUGUUUUUUCUA